UUGGUGCGGCACGCUCAGACUGCAGCUGCUACAGCUCCCGAACCCAGGAUCAAGAAGUUCCAGAUUUACCGCUGGGACCCCGACACCCCUGGGGACAAACCACGCAUGCAGACAUACGAAGUGGAUCUCAACUCAUGUGGUCCGAUGAUUCUAGAUGGCCUCAUCAAAAUCAAGAAUGAAAUCGACCCCACGCUCACAUUCAGACGCUCCUGUCGGGAAGGUAUCUGUGGCUCGUGCGCCAUGAACAUAAAUGGAGGCAACACACUGGCGUGCCUGAACAAGAUCGACACGAACACCAGCAAACCCGUCAAAAUCUACCCGCUGCCACACAUGUACGUCGUCAAAGAUCUGGUGCCUGACAUGAGCAACUUCUACGCACAGUACAAAUCCAUCGAGCCAUAUCUGAAAAAGAAGGAUGAGGCUCAGGAGGGGAAGGAGCAGUAUUUCCAGUCAGUGGAGGACAGACAAAAAUUAGACGGCCUGUACGAGUGCAUCCUCUGUGCGUGCUGCAGCACCAGCUGCCCGAGCUACUGGUGGAAUGGAGACAAAUACCUGGGACCUGCUGUCCUCAUGCAGGCAUACCGGUGGAUGAUCGACUCCCGUGAUGAAUUCACCGAGGAGCGUUUGUCUAGACUGCAGGACCCCUUCUCGCUUUACCGCUGCCACACUAUCAUGAACUGCACCAAAACUUGCCCCAAGGGUCUCAACCCUGGAAAGGCCAUCGCAGAGAUCAAGAAAAUGAUGGCGACUUAUAAAGAGAAGAAGGCAGCAGCAACAUGA